AUGCCUUCUCCCAACUCAAUGCUCCGUUCAGUCAACAGUGAGGAAAGAUGGACAACAGAAAUGUUUAGGUCUUUUCCAGCAGAGGAAGAAGGGAUCCACAUAAACCUCAACCUCCCUCCAUGCGUGUUUAGGGUUCCGACAAGCUUCGUCGAAACAAAGCCCGACGCGUACGUACCCCACCACGUCGGCCUUGGCCCGUACCACCAUCUCCGUCCCGAUCUCUACACCGCCCAACGGAGAAAACUCGCUGUCGUAGCUAAGUUGCACCCGCGGAUCAAUUUACGCGCCGUUGCCGAGGGUAUCGCCAAAUGGGAGCCUUUUAUCCGGCAAUGCCACGACGAGUACCUCGACUUCGACCCCCAAACCCUGGCUUGGAUCUUGGCCGUUGAUGCCUUUUACUUGGUAAAUUUUCUUAACAAUUAUUCUGUCGCGACGAGUAAUAAUAAGGCCGAAACAGAAAAAUUAGCAGGCGAUGUUUUGAUGCUCGAGAACCAAAUCCCUUCCCUUAUAAUUGCCGGAAUCUUCUACCAUUUAGUCGCACCGGGAGACGACGAGGUGCGGCGCCUGUUGGAGCUAGAAAGAUUCCACAUAUUCUGCUGGGAUGUGUCGCCGCUCCCGGUGCCGCUGCUGGGAGUAGGACCGGGGGUGGUCGCCGAGGCCAUGUUAGAAGGGCACCUGCUAAAAUUGAUGUAUUAUUUCAUUGUGAACUGCACGAUUGUUCGUCUCGAUUCCCCGAUUUUUAUGGCACAUGUUGACAAUCCAGGCUUUGUUCUGGCCGAAAAUCUGAAGAUGGGUGUUGAUGCUGCGGCGGGGGUAGGUGUUCCGGGGGCGGCGAUCGUCCAGCAGCUCGUGUCGCUAGCGGAGAAGGUGCCGUGGGACUCUGUCUUAGCUCUUUUCAAGAAAGGCGACCCCGACGGAAAAAGCCCUUCGUUGUUAGUCGAGGAGAUUGAUAUCCCUUGCGUUUCGCAGCUUGUCGAUCUUGCGGGGAUUCGGUUUUCGGUCGUUCCUGGAGGAAUAAGGGAAUUCAAGUACGACGUGGAGGAGAAGAAAUUCUAUCUCCCGAAAAUCAACAUCAAGUCGAAUUCCGAGGUCGUUUUGAGGAACUUGUUGGCGUACGAAGCGGCCGCAAAACCAGGUGGACCCGAUGUUCUAGAACUGGCGGAGUUUGUGGAUUUGAUGUGUGGCAUUAUCGACACUCCAAGAGAUGUGGAGAUUCUGAGGAAGGAGGAAAUUAUUGUGAGCGAUCUUACCGAUGAGGAGAUCGCUCCCAUUUUUAACGGGAUAAAGAGAUCGACGGGGAAUAAGGAGAAAAAGACGACCGAUAUUGAGAAGGCUGUGGAGAAAGUGAAUGUGGAGUACGGUAAUGUGCCGAAGGUUAAGGUGUAUAGAUUGAUGAAGAAAUACGUUUACGGUUCGUGGAAGUUUCUUACGGUUUUUUCGAUGGUGGCACCUGCUAUGUUCAACUCGUUACUCGAGGCUCGUCAGCUAGUCUCAGCUUAUCACUCGUCACUCGCCAUCUACCUUCAGCUCGUCACUCGUCAACUACUCUUAGUUAGUCAAUCGUCGCUUGUUAGCUACCUCCAGCUCGUCACUCGUCAUCUACUCUUAGUUCAAUCGUCGCUUGUAAGCUACCUUCAGCUCGUCAGCUACUCUUAG